GUAUGCAGAAGUCAGUGGGAAGACAGAGCUGCCUAGCAUGUUCCCACCAAACCAGUCAGUGGAAGGCCUUCCCAUGGAGGCCUCUAACAGAUCCCUGAACACUACAGAGACCCCAGAGGCCUGGGAUCCAGGGGUCCUCCAGGCACUCAAGGUCUCCCUCACCGUGGUCCUUUCCAUGGUCACACUGGCCACUGUCCUCUCCAACGCCUUUGUGCUCACCACCAUCUUACUCACCAGAAAGCUCCACACGCCCGCCAACUAUCUCAUCGGUUCCUUGGCCACCACCGACCUCCUGGUUUCCAUCUUGGUCAUGCCCAUCAGUAUUGCAUACACCACCACCCACACCUGGACCUUUGGCCAAAUCCUGUGCGACAUCUGGGUAUCUUCUGACAUGACGUGCUGCACAGCCUCCAUCCUGCAUCUCUGUGUCAUUGCACUGGACAGGUACUGGGCCAUCACGGAUGCACUGGAGUACAGCAAACGCAGGACAGCAGGCCGUGCAGCCUCCAUGAUCGCCAUGGUCUGGGUCAUCUCCAUCUGCAUCUCCCUCCCCCCGCUCUUCUGGCGGCAGACCAAGGCCCAGGAGGAGAUAUCCGACUGUCUGGUAAACACCUCUCAGAUCUCCUACACCAUCUACUCCACCUGUGGGGCCUUCUACAUCCCAUCCGUCUUGCUCAUCAUCCUCUACGGUCGCAUCUAUGUGGUGGCCCGGAGCCGCAUCCUGAAUCCGCCCUCCCUCUAUGGGAAGCGCUUCACCACGGCCCAUCUCAUCACGGGCUCCGCAGGCUCCUCCCUCUGCUCGCUCAACCCCAGUCUCCAUGAGGGCCACUCCCACGCGGCGGGCUCGCCUCUCUUUUUCAACCACGUGAAAAUCAAGCUUGCUGAUAGUGUCCUGGAACGCAAGAGGAUUUCAGCUGCUCGGGAAAGGAAGGCCACUAAGACUCUGGGGAUCAUUCUGGGAGCCUUUAUCGUCUGCUGGCUGCCCUUCUUCGUGGCAUCCCUGGUCCUCCCCAUCUGCCGGGACUCGUGCUGGAUCCACCCCGCCCUCUUUGACUUCUUCACCUGGCUGGGCUAUUUAAACUCUCUCAUCAAUCCUAUCAUCUACACUGCGUUCAAUGAAGACUUUCGACAAGCAUUUCAGAAAGUUGUUCACUUCCGGAAAGCCUCCUAGUCUUUCUUAU